AUGGACCCACUGGUAGGCCCAUAUCGGCCUCAAGAAACCAUCGCGGAUGAUUCUCUCCAAGAAAAAGGGAUUGAAUCAAGCGAAUCUCUAAUCAACUUCAAUAAAAUACCAAUUCAUAUGCCUCCAAACACGACAAAUCAAGACCUAACAGGCAUUACCGAAGAAAAUCAUCCCUGUAGUCCAAAUUCUGAUACUUUCAAACUCAGUUCAUCGCAACAACACCUGGACUUGUCACCAACUGCUCAGAUGAAGGGUCUAGAAGAACACCAGAAGAUUGAAACACCUGUGACUGAAGAAAUAAUAGAGAUAGUACCGGUGAAAGAUGAUCCCGAGUCUCCAAUCAUGACCGUGAGAUCUGUUUUGAUUGGUGUAGUUCUUUCCGCCUUUGGCGUUUCAGUUACACAGCUAUUCUUUUUCAAGCCUGUUCAUAUGUCGAUAAAAAUAAUGUUCCUUCAAAUAGCUUCGGUGCUCAUUGGACGAAGUUGCGCAUUUAUCCCGGGCCCUAGAUGGUGGAAUCCGGGGCCUUUCAGUUUGAAAGAGGCAGGAUUCUCCGCUUUAAUGGGAACCACAGCAAGCGGUUCAACGGUGACAGCCGAGAUCAUUUCAGCGUACGAACUGUACUUUGACCGGAUUUUAAGUUACGGCGUUUGGUUUGGGAUUACAAUGAGCUCGCAACUACUUGGAUUUGCAUGGGCGGGAUUGCUACAGCCCAUCCUCAUUUAUCCCUCUCGCACUAUAUUUCCUGAAAUGCUUCCAAGUGUCGCUCUUUUGAAUUCAUUGUUUAAAGUGGGAUCUGAAUCCGAUGACCAAGUCAAGUUCUUCAAGAAGGCUUUCCUCGCAGCCGCGAUUUACGAAAUAUUCCCCACAUACAUAACGCCGGCUGUCCAAGCCAUCAGUGUCUUCUGUUUAACUUUACCGAAAAAUCCACUGAUCACGACCAUUUUUGGAGGAGCUCGACCAUUUGAAGGCAUGGGAAUUUUCAGCAUAUCAGCAGAUUGGUCACUGGUCGGUGGCCGGGGACCACUGUAUACGCCUCUCAAUACGCAAAUCCACGAAUUUUUUGUUUUGGUGUUUUCUAUUCUGGCCUUUUUUCUGGUUUAUUCAAAAUCCUGGUUUGGUGCCGGCUUGAUUCAAAACUUUCCGUUCAUGUCUGCCAGUCUACUUACUGCUGACGGGAAACCAUAUCCGUAUCGUCAGGCUAUUAAUUCAGACGGGACAGCUAACGAGGAAUUCAUACAAAGAACCGGACUUCCAUUUUUCACCGCCACCUUCUACGUAGUCCAGGUUUUGGCUUCGGUUUUUUUAACCAGUUCCAUUUCGCAUGUUUUGUUGCAUAACUACCACCUUGUCGGUUCGGUUUUCAAGAAAUCCAAAACUUCCCAAGGAAUUGACCCGCAUCGAUUAGAGUGCAUGAAAUACAAGGAUUUCCCGCUAUGGGGGUUUGCAGCGAUCUCGGUUGUUGCCAUUGCCUUGACUCUCGGGAUGGCAUCGCUUGUAAACUCGGGAAUUUCUUUCGUAGGCUUAGUUGUUGCUUUGGCAUUAUCUUUCUUGAUGACUCUGGCAGUAGGAUUUAUAAAUGCGAUUGCCGGUUUCAGAACACGGUUCACUGGUGGUGUACAAAUGUUGGGCGGCCUUCUGUUCCCGGGGAACGUUUUCGGGAACAUGUGGUUUACACUCUACGGAGGAUCCAGUGCCAUACAAGGCAUUAUCAUUCUAAGAGAUAUGAAAUACGGACAGUACAUACACCUACCACAAAUUCUCGUGGUGUACUCUCAAUUGCUCGGCUGCACUAUUGGAAGCUUGUUCUCCCUGAUAGUUGUGAAAACCAUCGUGAAGAAUAAGCGCGAGGUCUUGCUUUCGCCCAACGGGGACGGUGUCUUCUCAGGGGCUGAAGUUGCUGCGUAUCAGGCGCAUUCUGUUAGCUGGGGAAUUUUUUCUAGGCGCAUGUUUCUUUUUGGUCAAAAAUAUUCGGCGGUUAGCUGGGGAAUUUUGGUCGGACUGUUUCUUCCCAUCCCGUUUUUCGUCGCUCAAAAAAUCUGGCCGCGAUACAAACUCGGUGCCAUCAAUGUAGCCCUCUUUUGUGGAAUCGUCGUUAGCAUGUACACAUCGGCCUACGCUGGAGAACCAAUGCGUAUUAUCAUAGGGCUAAUUUCACAGUUCUGGGCGCGCAAGUACCGAACCCGUUGGUUCACCAAGUUUAACUAUAUCUUAUCUGCCGCUCUUGACGGUGGAACAGAGCUGGUUAUAUUCUUCUUGGCUAUGGUCUUCCAAGGUGGCGGUUCUCGAAAAAUCAAUUUUCCAACGUAUUUUCUUAACCCUCCAUUAUCAACUCCCAGAGAUUAUUGCUUCAUGGGUCGCGAGGCUCGUGGGGGCGAGUCGUAG